AUGGACCCGAAUCGGAGAUGUUGUAGGUCGUUGCUUUGCCGCAGUCGGACUGGCAUGAGGAGCUCAGAAGGUCGUCCAGACAGCUUGUGCUGUGACGCGUGCAGAAGCAGUCAUGCAGAUCCUCUUCAAAGAUUCCCGAGCCGUGGUGAUGCCACAGCGAGCAGGCCGACAUACGAUGUGAUGGCCUUCCAGGUCUCAAGCCUCAUGGAGUCCCUGAACAAGUUGGAUCGCGACUGCCGUCUCCUGACGAAAGAGAUGCAGGUCCUCGCUUCAGAUCCGAAGAGCGCGAAGACUCCAAAGAAGGCGACAAAUUUGCAGGAGAUGAAGGUCCACAUUAUGGGCCUCCACAGGCUACUGGACAAGGAGGGGGCAGCUCACAUGCACAAGCUUGAGGCCGUGCAGAAGAAUUUGAAAGAAGUCAAGCAGCAAGCCGACAAGGCCGCCGGGUCGUCCAUCUCGAAGAUAGUCGACCAAACUUCUGUGCUCGAGAAGAGCGUUGUGUCCAGAAGUUCGCAGAUGUCUUGGAUGCUGGUGGUUCUUCUAGUGGCCACGGUGACAAUUGGCGUACUGAUGUGGAACAGGAUGAGAUACUACGAGAAGAAGCAUUUCAUCUGA